AGAACUGACCGACAGAUUCUACGAGUUGUUUAUGAAUUUUCCAGUCGGUUUUAAGGAAUCUUUAAGCCAUAGAUAGCAAAAGGGUGUCAUUUGUCUUCAGUAAUGGGGCUUAAGCCUCUCGAAUUCGAGGACUGUAUUUUGGAUAGUCCCUAUUUCCGCGAGAACAUUCACGAGCACGAACGGGAGCUGGAGAGGACGAACGAGGCUAUCAAGAGGCUGAUCAAGGAAUGCAAGGCUUUGCUGAAGGCUAUUGAAAACUUAUCCAAAGCACAGAGGAGUUUUGCACAAGUGCUAGAUGGCUUCAGAUUUGAGUGUAUUGGAGAGGUGGAGACUGAUGAUGAAAUACAUAUUGCUGAGGCACUAAAAGAGUUUGGCAAGAUGAUUGACACUGUGGAAGAUGAACGAGACAGAAUGUUAAAUCAUGCAAAUGCCCAGCUGAUUAUACCACUGGAAACAUUUAGAAAAGAGCAGAUUGGUGGAGCAAAGGAGGAAAAGAAGAAAUUUGAUAAGCAGACUGAAAAAUACUGUUUAGCAGUACAGAACUACUUGAAUCUGUCUUCAAAAAAGAAAGAUUCAUUUUUGAAUGAUGCGGAUACCCAGCUUCAGAAUGAGAAACGCUCAUUUCACCAAACAGCUCUAGAUUAUGUUGUCAAACUUCAGGAAGUUAAUGAGAAAAAGAAGUUUGAAUUUGUGGAAACUCUUUUAUCUUUUAUGUAUGGACACAUUACUUUUUAUCAUAGCGGCCAUGAAGUAUUUAAUGAUUAUAUGGAUUUCAUGAAAGAUCUUCAACUCAGACUUCAAAAUACCAGAGAGAGAUUUGACACAACAAAAAUUGAAGCUGCAAGCCUGAUGAGUCGGGUGCAACAGAAAGCCCUAAGUGGUGAACUUCAGUAUCGCGGAGCCCACACAAGACAAGGGUAUCUCGGUGUCCAAAAGAAAGGUAGCCUUGGUACAUACACGUGGAAUAAACAUUUUUGUAUGUACACAAAGGAAAACAAGAUUUUAACAAUGAUCCCGUACACACAGACCCAGGGAAGACUGAAUGCAUCAACGGACACAAUAAUUGUUACAUCAUGCACCAGAAAAAUGACAGACUCUAUAGAUAGAAGAUUCACUUUUGAAAUAACUGCUCUUGAAAGAAAUCAACCCAUUUUAUUACAAGCACAGGAUGAAGAAGACAGAAAAUUAUGGUUAGAAGCCAUGGAUGGCAAAGAACCUCUGUAUGUGGACUCUAAUAGCCUGCCAAAGUACAAAGACCAGGAAACCAGUGACCUUGAACUUACAUUUAUCAUGAAAUGUAUUUCAGCAGUGGAAAAAAGAGGAAUCACAGACCAAGGUCUUUACAGAAUAGUUGGUGUGGGUUCUAAAGUUCAAAAUCUUCUUUUACAAUGUAUUGAUAAGAAGAAAGCUAAGUCAGUUGACCUUGCGAAUGAAGAAUGCGAGUGGGAAGUGAAGACUAUCACCAGUGCCCUCAAACAGUACUUAAGGAACAUGCCUGAGCCUUUGUUUACAUAUGACUACCACGAGCAGUUCUUGGAUUCAGUUAAAAAAGACACCUACGAGAAGCGGGUAGAAGCUUUGAGAUCUCUCGUGGCUGACCUUCCUGAAGAAAACAGGACAUUAAUCAGAAUGAUUAUGAAACAUUUAACACAUGUGGCUGCUCAUUCUAACAAGAAUUUAAUGGCAGCUAGUAACUUAGGAGUGGUGUUUGGUCCAACAUUGAUGAAGUCCAGAGAAGAGACGAUGGCUGCAAUUAUGAACUUGAAGUACCAGAGCAUUGUUAUUGAGCUUCUUAUCAAUGAAUUUAACACAAUUUUUGGACCAGACAGUCCAGAUGGCUCUGAGAAUUCAACAGACACCUUUAAUUCGGUGGAAAGCACAGGGAAUCCUUUCAUUGACGAAAAGGACAGUUCACCAAUCGCCAAUGAGAAGCCAAAGCCUCCUCCAAAGAAAAGGAACAGUGACGAGACUGGUACCAAACUGAGUGACGGCAAACCUGUGACGCCAACCAAGCCUCUCCCCCUCCCCUCCAAAGCAUACCGUGCCCCACCCCCUCCAAACAAGCCAGCUCCAGCGACAAAGCCAAGAGUCAAGGCAAUUAUUGUGUCAAAUUCUGAGGAUGAUCUAAGCAGUUUAUCAGAGCCAUCAAGCUUGAAUUCAACCCCUCAAAGUGAAAGCAAACCGCCUUUCUCGCCCAGGGACUUUUGGAAAGAAAAAGCAGGCAAACCAGCCCCACCCCCCAAGAAACCAGAAGUUGUCGCUGAGUUUAAAAGCAGAUUUGAAGUAACAGGCUCUUCAAGACCGUUUUCUAUGAUAGAUUCCAUGAACGACAAAGACAACACUCCUGGUAUUCGCCGUUUCAGCAGUCAAGGUGGGAGUCUUAACCGGGGGUUACAGUCUUGGGGGACGGGUCCUCCCCCUCUCCCUAGGGAGCCUCCCCCUCAUGAGGAGCCGACACCACCGCCGAAAACACCAAAGAAAGUCAGAACGAUAUAUCCUUGUGUAGCAGAAAACAGUUCCGAGCUUUCAUUUGAUGCUGGUAUGGUCAUUUCAAAUGUGCGGCCUUCCAAAGAACCUGGCUGGCUGGAGGGAACACUGAACGGUAGAACAGGACUUGUACCAGAAAAUUACGUUGAGUCAAUAACAUAGCUGACUUUUAAGUUACUAGAGAUUUAGGAUAUUUUAAUUUGUAAUCAUGAAGAUAGCAAGUCCUUUCUAUUCAAAAUUGUAUUCGACAAUACUCAUACUUGUCAAUCCCCUCUGUAAUGUCAUGGGAAAGGGAUGAAAUUCCAUUGAUAAAUGCGAGACUGAGGCACCAGACUGAAUCCGGGAAGAGUUUACAGUUGUCACGUGUAUGACACGCGUGUGACAUAGAAGGGCACGUGUACAGUGUCACCUGAUUGGUUAAAGAGUCACGUGACUCACGAGUGCCUACCACUUGUCAGGCACUGAGAUGAUUGAAUAUUAUGGGCUCAGUUUAGGCCUCGAAUAGACAAAAACUCGAGCGAGUGUAACCUAAUUUAGCCUCAUUUAUAACGUGUGCAAACCAAGUGACAAAGAUCUGGUCCAUUAAUUUUCUUUUCUCCCAAGGAGAGACAAACUGCCGUUCAAGAACUGACAAUUUCUAGUGUUGAACUCAAGAAAUUGUAAUUGGAUGAUUUUUUUUUAGACGAAGGAUUGUGUGGAAAGCAAUUUAUAAAUCUCUAGGUAUUUUUAACUCCGUUUUUUUUUUACGUUGCUGGUCAACUAUCGUUUGUAGUUUGGUUGGUCGCUGUUUAGUCCUGGAAAUGUUAGUGACUAACAGUCUAAGGCCCAGUCCAGAUUACGUCUGGGAAAUUUGAAAACGCAGCUUUAUUGCUACGGUUAGACCUACCGUCCACACUAACCCGUCACCAAAACGGAGCUU